AUGUACAUAGAGAACUGGGAGAGUUUCUAUCAGCAAGCGGAAGCGCUGUACACAGCCAAUCCCCUGCUCACUCGAUACAGCAUCAAGUAUAGGCAUUGCGAUGGAAAGCUCUCCGUCAAGGUCACCGACAACACGACGUGUCUGCAAUACAAGACGGAUCAGCAGGCUGAUCUGAAGAAGGUGGACAAGUUGAACGCCCUGUUCUUCGCCCUCAUGGCCACCGGCCAGGCGCCCCAAGAGGAGGCGGGGCGGACAGCCCCGGUCAGGAGUGCGGGCGCAUCCCGUCGAAAAGGCUGA